CUUUUCAAAUUAUUACCUUUAACAAUGCCGCAAGAAAUGAAUAUUUUAUGUUGUUAUUCUUGUAAAAUGUAUCAAGUACAUAUAGUGAAAAAAGCACGCAAAUGGAAGUGUAAGUUGUGUAAUGCAAAACAAUCUGUACAGCAGAUAUAUUUUCAAGGAUCCGGUCAAGAUUGUCGUCUUCAUGUCCAACAUUUGAAUUAUUUAAAGGCAAAUAACACACCACUUUCUUUCUUUCCUGAGCAAAACGAUAGCAGCAAUACAACUAUUACUGAAGAAUCAAAUAUUAAUGAAAGUGUAGAAAAUUAUUGGUCGAAAUAUCUGGAUUUGCCAAAAGAAAGUCAGUCUGUUGAAGAGGAUUUGUCUUCUAAUGAUACUUAUGAAACCGAAGAUAUGAUAACAAAUGAAAAAUCCUUGUGUAAUCUCGUAAAUAAUGAUUCAGAUAACUUUGAUAAUAUUGUAGAUCGUAGUUUUGAAAAAGAAGAUAUUACUGAUGAGACUGAGAAGUUAAGUUCUAUGAAUUUUAAUUAUAAUCCUACUGUCGAAGAUAAAUGCAAUUUGCAAGAUAACAGUGAAUCAAAUGAAGUUGAUAAUAAUGUUAACAUUUUUGAAACUUACAGUGAAUUAGAUGAGCCUCUUGAUAUUUAAUUUUCUUGAAUAAGUGUUGAGAUUUCCUAAAUG